AUUGGCUGGUCAAGAGAGCUUGGUGCUGGACUCGGCGGUUUGAGUUUCAACAUUAAUUUAAGUGGAAAAGAUCUAAAUCAUGCCGCAUAUUGUGUCGCCGAUACGUUCCAAUCUCUUAUUGCAAAUCCUAUUGGAGGGCAAUCUGUACAUAGCAUUAACGUGGUGUGUCAGCUAUGUGCUCUACAUGCUCAUCUAUGAGUGGCGCCAGGUGGGAGUGCCCGUAUUCCUGGUCUUUACAUUGGCCGUGAUCACCGAGAGCUUGCGUAUCUAUGUGGGCUACACCCUCAACCUGAGCCCGCAUGGACCGCGUCCCAAAUUGUUGCUCUUCUCAACACUGGCCUUGAGUCUGCCAUUGUUGUGCGCAUUCUGGUAUCUGCGCAGGCUGCUGCUCAAUCAAAGUCUCUGGCUGCAGCUCAUCUGCAAUCUUUGGGCGAUCUUCAUAGCGCUGGAGCUGGUUGCGGCUGUGGGCAUACUGUGGAGCAAGAAGUCCCAAGAGGAAACGCUGCCGAAUUGGUCGACUAUUGAGGCGAAUCUUAAAGUGCGACGCCGUCGUCUUCAGCGCCCGCCUGGCCAACUUUACAAGUUGUGAAUCCCCGUAUAAGGUGAUAAUAAAAAUGUCUGUACUCA